AAGAAGAUCAUACUGAUGUUGCAGGUGACGAGGAAUCCGGAAUGAGAAUGAUGAAGCAGAGAAGAGGGAGCUUUGUAGUCGAAUCGAGGGAUGCUUAUGAUGCUGGAGUGUUGCUCCCAUGGAGUCAAUGUUUCAGCUUCCUCUCCUCUUUCUCUUUUUUCACACACAGUCUCUUCCUCUAUUGUUCUUCCAACAUCGUCUACUUCUUCUACAGCAGCCAUCGUUACUCUCUCUACCUCUCUGUCUCUCUCAAAGCCAGAGUUAGGCCAAAAAAAAAAAAAAAAAAAGAAAGACAUUGAGCCUUAUAUGAUUCAGCGAUUCGGAAAGUGCGGUAGCGUUUUAAAACCCUGAAACGCGACGUUUAGAGAACGCAACUUCAAAACAGCUAAACCCUGAAGCUUACCAGACCAGAGACAGACCAAUAGAACAUCAUACGAGGUCCAAUUCGAUCCUCUCAAGAGUCUGCGAGUCUGUGAGGGGGAAGAGAUGCAGUUUCUUGCGCGGAAUCUAGUUCGGAGAGUAUCGAGAACUCAGGUCGUUAGUCGAAAUGCAUAUUCAACCCAAACGGUCAGAGACAUUGGUCAGCCAACUCCAGCAUCUCAUCCUCAUGUAACUCUCAUGUGCUAUAUGUUCUCUUGGAUUUGCAAAUGCUAUUUAUAUGCUCAGAUGGUUCGCUCUUCCCCAUCAGUUAAUGGCAGAAGGAGAGGUCACACCAGGAAUAAGAAUUGAGGAAUACAUUGGUAGAAGGAAGAAACUUGUGGAGCUUCUCCCUGAGAAUAGUUUAGCCAUCAUUUCGUCAGCCCCCGUGAAGAUGAUGACUGACGUUGUUCCAUAUACGUUCAGACAAGAUGCUGAUUAUUUGUAUCUAACUGGCUGCCAGCAACCAGGUGGUGUGGCUGUUUUAAGUGAUGAACGCGGUUUAUGCAUGUUCAUGCCGGAAUCAACUCCUAAGGAUAUUGCUUGGGAAGGAGAAGUUGCUGGAGUUGAUGCAGCGUCCGAGGUCUUCAAGGCAGAUCAAGCAUAUCCGAUAAGCAAAUUACCCGAGAUUCUUUCAGACAUGAUAAGACAUUCUUCAAAAGUGUUUCAUAAUGUUCAAUCGGCCUCGCAAAGAUACACAAACUUGGAUGACUUUCAAAAUUCAGCAUCUCUUGGCAAAGUGAAAACUCUUUCAAGUUUAACACAUGAGCUGAGGUUAAUUAAAUCACCUGCAGAACUCAAAUUGAUGAGAGAGUCUGCAUCAAUUGCGUGCCAGGGUCUUCUGAAAACAAUGUUACAUUCAAAGGGGUUUCCUGAUGAAGGCAUCUUAUCAGCCCAGGUUGAAUAUGAGUGCCGGGUAAGAGGUGCUCAGCGAAUGGCGUUCAAUCCUGUAGUCGGUGGUGGUUCAAAUGCCAGUGUUAUUCACUAUUCACGAAAUGAUCAGCGUAUUAAAGAUGGUGAUCUUGUCUUGAUGGACAUGGGUUGUGAGUUACAUGGUUAUGUUAGUGAUCUUACUCGGACAUGGCCACCUUGCGGAAAAUUCAGUUCUGUUCAGGAAGAGCUAUAUGAUCUUAUACUUCAGACAAACAAAGAAUGCAUAAAACAAUGCAAGCCUGGUACAACCAUCCGCCAACUAAACACAUAUUCGACCGAGUUGUUGUGUGAUGGACUGAUGAAGAUGGGCAUCCUGAAAAGUCGUAGACUGUAUCACCAGCUGAAUCCGACCUCCAUAGGCCACUACCUUGGGAUGGAUGUGCAUGAUUCUUCUGCUGUGGGAUAUGACCGUCCUUUGCAACCUGGUUUUGUGAUUACGAUUGAGCCAGGAGUCUAUAUUCCAUCUUCAUUUGACUGCCCUGAAAGAUUCCAAGGGAUUGGGAUAAGGAUCGAGGAUGACGUACUGAUCACUGAGACGGGCUACGAAGUGCUCACAGGGUCAAUGCCUAAGGAGAUCAAACACAUAGAGACAUUGUUGAAUAAUCACUGCCAUGAUAACUCUGCGCGAACUUCGCCAGUUUCUCUUUGCAAGGUUAAAGGCUUGCAUACGAACCGUAACCCAAGAAGAUUGUUUUGAAUUAAACAUCAUUGAUAAUAAUUCAAACGUAAACUCCUGUUCCUUGCGUUUGACUCAUAGAAUGUAUCAAAGCAUUUUGAAG